GCCGGGGAGCAGCAAUUACUGCCACUCGGAGCGAGCGGCGGCCGCAGCCGGCUCCCUCCCCGCCGGCCCCGGAGCGGCCGAGCCGGGGCUCUGCCGCGAUGCCGAGCGCGGCGAGCGGCGGGCGCCUGCUGCUCUGAGCCGGGGCGGGGAGGUCCGGGCAGAGGAUGCUCCCCAAUGGCACCUGCACCAGGCUCCCGGGCGGUGCAGGCAGCCACAGCAGCGGCAGCGAGAGCGGCGGCGGGGCCGGCGGCGCCUCGGAGGAGGCGGCGGCGGGGGGCAUGGACUCAGGCGGCAGGAACUCCUCGGGCUCCCCGAACAGCACCCUGAGCGAGUCCCAGGGCAGCGCCAUCCUCAUCUCAUUCAUCUACUCCGUGGUGUGCCUGGUGGGACUGUGCGGCAACUCCAUGGUCAUCUAUGUGAUCCUGCGCUACGCCAAGAUGAAAACGGCCACCAACAUCUACAUCCUCAACUUGGCCAUCGCGGAUGAGCUGCUGAUGCUCAGCGUCCCCUUCCUGGUCACCUCCACCCUGCUGCACCACUGGCCUUUUGGCUCGCUGCUCUGCCGCCUGGUGCUCAGCGUGGAUGCCAUCAACAUGUUCACCAGCAUCUACUGCCUGACGGUGCUCAGUGUGGAUCGCUACAUCGCUGUGGUGCACCCCAUCAAGGCAGCUAGGUACCGCCGGCCCACUGUGGCCAAGAUGGUGAACCUGGGUGUCUGGGUACUCUCCAUCCUCAUCAUCCUGCCCAUCAUCAUCUUCUCUAACACGGCAGCCAACAGCGAUGGCACAGUUGCUUGCAACAUGCUCAUGCCAGAGCCCACCCAGAGGUGGCUGGUGGUCUUUGUGGUCUACACCUUUCUCAUGGGCUUUCUGCUGCCUGUGGUGGCCAUCUGCCUCUGCUAUAUCCUCAUCAUCGCCAAGAUGCGCAUGGUGGCCCUGAAGGCCGGCUGGCAGCAACGCAAGCGCUCAGAGCGCAAGAUCACCCUGAUGGUCAUGAUGGUAGUGAUGGUCUUCGUCAUCUGCUGGAUGCCCUUCUAUAUUGUGCAGCUGGUCAAUGUCUUCAUAGAGCAGGACGAUGCCACUAUCAGCCAGCUCUCUGUCAUCUUGGGCUAUGCCAACAGCUGUGCCAACCCCAUCCUUUAUGGCUUUCUCUCGGACAACUUCAAGCGGUCCUUCCAGCGGCUGCUCUGCCUCAGCUGGAUGGACAAUGCUGCAGAGGAGCCCAUCGACUACUAUGCCACUGCUCUCAAGAGCAGGGCUUAUAGCGUGGAGGACUUUCCCCCGGACAACUUGGAGUCAGGGAGCAUGUACAGGAACGGCACUUGCACCUCCAGGAUUACCACCCUCUGAGGAAGCGCCCCAGACCUCCAUCUCCACCACUGCCCCCAAGGAGGAGGGCACGUGAGGCUGGGACCAUGGCAUGGGGUGGCUGGGAGGGAGGGGGUUUUGGUCCUGCCCACCAGUGGCAGCAUUUGGCGUGAGGAAUGAAGAAAACCCUGUGUCCUCCGUGUGCUGCCCCAUUCCCCAUGCCCACCUCCCCUGGGGGUUGGUGUGUGUGCUGAUGCUUUGACACCCCCUCAGUAAAUUGACUGCUGCACCCCACAGAUCAGCUUGGGGUCCAGCAGCCAGGCCCAGCAGAGGUUGUGCACGUUCCAUGAUGACUUUCCCCUCACCUUUUGUACGACUUUCCCAUGGCCCUGCCCCUCAUCCUCAGCUGGUGGGACCCUCUGGGCCACCAAAGAGGCAGCAUGGAGCUGGAUCCAGCCAAGCACCACCAGCCCAGCUCAGCCUCCCUCGACUGCAAGCAGCCCUGCUUGGCAUCUCUGGGCACAUGCCCUCCCUUCAGAGAGAAGAAACAUUGGGGGAAAGUCCCCUCCAACUCACACCUUCUCCUUCCCUGGAAAGGAGCAAGUAGCCUUCUCCACCUCCCCAUGGGAAAAAAGAAAAGGGAAGAAAAGGUCCCCUAGAAAAGGAGCAGCAAAUUCAUGGAGCUGCUUUUUGCUUCACAGACAGCCUUCACCUUGCUGGGGACCAGCCCUCUGCCCUGCGCUCGGGGAAGCAGGGCAGAAAAGGUCUUCCCAAAAGAAAUUCGAUUAUUGCCAUGCCUCAGAGCUGCAUAGCAGGUUGCUGAUAAUGGGGAGAUAAACAGUCCCAUGACUCGCAGGGAGCAGAGUACUGAGCUGGGGAGAUAGCGCUGAGCUGGAAAUGUUUGGAUGUGUCGGUACAUAUAAUAAAGGUGCGCAAAUAAUAAAGUUUAAAGGGAGCACUAGACUGUGAAGCUAUUGUCCUGCGCCUGCUCCAUUAGCCGUGAAGCAGCUCUGAAGAGAGCUGACACAGAGUUUUGAAUGACAAGAAAUCACUUUAGCCUACAUAGAAAAAGGGGGAUUAGUUUCAAAAUCUCCAUCAAGAUUUAAAAUAAAUACUUGACAGAAACAUACCUAAAGUAGCUGUUUGAUAAUAGCUAUUACCCUAGCUCCAAUUUCUUCUGUUGCACUAAUAACUGAAAGGGGUUUCAUAUGAUGUCAAUGUAAUAUACUGGCCCAGAGCUUCAUAAUAUGUUUCAUUUCUGAGAAUUGUUGUUUUUAGUGUGUGCCAAAUGUCUUUUUUUCAAAUUUUUUGUUUGAUUCUUGUCACUGUGUUGUGAACGUGUUUUUCUGAAGCAAUUUAUACUGUGUACUUAUGUCUCUGGUGGCUACUUGCAAGAGUGCAUUUAAAAUGGAUGAUGCUCAAGAAGGCUCCUUUUCAGAGAAAAAGGCUAUAACUUUUUCUAAAUCUUUUAUCUACGUUGUCUCCCCUCGCAAAAAUUCUCUUUCCUGAAUUUUCCCUCUUCCGCUUAUGACACAACACUUUUCUUAUAGAUAAAUGAGGCUUAUUUGCUAAAUGACAGUUGUUUAAACAAACCAUUCUAUUCCUGUUCCCCCUUAUCCCAGAUGUAAGGAUUGGUACAGGCUGUGGUGAAAUAAGCAGCUAUGCCUUUUGUUCUCUACCACAUAUAUUAACAGUGUCACACAGUGGCGGGCGUUCCAGUAGCUGUGACAAAUCACUUCUCUAGCACAAUACUGUGAUUAUAUUAAUUAUAACUACUGGCAAUCUGAAGCAAGAGCUCUGGAAAAUUCUCUGGUAGCAGCAUACCCGUAGCACUAUCUACUCGUAGCUACAGUGCUUAAGUCCAAAUAGUGUUAAAGUCUACUUUGAUUAUUAAGACAUGUAGCAUUUGGGGUGGUUGACUUACUAUGGACUCUUGUUAAAUUGUACCAUUUAACUUUUCUCGGCAGCAAAAAGCAAGAGGCUACUUUGUACAUUUCUUUCACCAAAAUUUAGAUACCAUUAAAUGAAUGUAUAAAUUUAGUAUUUCGCAGCAGCCUGACUCAAAGCCCAUUGCAAUGAGAGUAAAGAUUCUUAUUCACUUCAACGGACCGUGAGUCAGGCCCUUUUAGUUUAAAAAUUGCUAAUGUGGAAGCUGUUACAUCCUUAUUAAAAUAUUUUGUGAAAAGCUUUAACAA